AUGGUGUCGAUGCAGAAAGACCAGCAUCCUGGCUUCGCUUCUUGCGGCGGCUCGAUCAUCGACUAUGACUGGGUGCUGACAGCGGCGCAUUGCGUGUUUGACUAUAACACCGAAACGGUACGACAGUUCGUCGGGGAGUCGGUAGUAGCUGGCACUUCUUGGCUCAACGCGACAGCCGGAACGCCCGGAAUGCAACGAAUCGCCAUUGAGCGUGGAUAUAUCCACCCCGAAUUUACUGGGAAAACCCUUGAUCAUGAUGUAGGGUUGCUGAAGCUUAAAACGCAAUUCAAAUACGACGCGCACGUGCACCCGAUUAUGCUGUGGCGCGCCAGGAUGCCCGCCGGGAUCGAUGUGAAUAUGAUUGGGUGGGGGAAUAUUUAUGUAGUGCCCAAAGAACAAAGGGUGCAGCCAAUGCAGUUGAGAGGUUUCAUUGGACAGAUGGUACCGGAAGAGGAAUGCAGAAAAUUGAAUACGAUGACCCAUGCAGCUUGCUUUGACGGGGGGAAGAAACAUUCGGGUGUUUGCAAUGGCGACUCCGGCAGUCCGAUCUCCACCUAUGCACCGGCCAUCAACAAGCAGUCGUACUACGUGCAAGUCAGCCUGGUCAGCACUGGGAAUGGACCUAAGGAUGGGACCGGCAACUGCGGAAAAGAUGAGACCACCUGGACAUUCGGCCCUGAGAUUGCCAUGUACUGCGACUGGAUCGGCAAGGUCACCGGAAAAAAGUUGUGUUUGAGCAAA